CCUAGUGAUGACAUCAUCAGAGCGCGCCGUCUCUCCGGCGGCGAUGGAGGAAGCCGGGGAGCCCGGUCGCGAAGAGAGCGGGGACUCGGGCUCUACCCAGGAGACUUUUCCGGCUGCCUCAUCGCCCCCAGGGCUUGGGGCUGCCCCCACGGUCUCCGAGGAGCCGCCGGCUGCGGCAGAGAAGACCGAGGGGGAGGCGGCCGAGCCCGGCGGGGGCAGCGAGCCCAAAGCGGACUGCCAGGCCGGGGAGCAGGUGAACAGCCAAGAAGGCUUAGAAUUAGCAUCAACAGAAACUGAGGAUUCUACAUUGCAGACUUCUGCAGCUAAGAAGAUAAAAAUAGAGAUAAAAGAGAAGAAAGAGAAGAAGCAGAAAGUAGAUGAAGAUGAGAUUCAGAAAAUGCAAAUAUUGGUUUCUUCCUUUUCUGAAGAGCAGCUGAACCGCUAUGAGAUGUACCGCCGGUCUGCUUUCCCCAAGGCUGCUAUUAAACGGCUGGUCCAGUCCAUUACUGGGACUUCUGUGUCUCAAAAUGUGGUUAUUGCCAUGUCUGGGAUUUCCAAAGUCUUCGCUGGGGAGGUGGUAGAAGAAGCAUUGGAUGUGUGUGAGAAGUGGGGAGAACUACCACCUCUUCAGCCCAAACACAUGCGUGAGGCAGUCCGGCGGCUGAAGUCACGGGGGCAGAUCCCCAAUUCAAAGUAUAAAAAAAUCACCUUCCAUUGAAGUGAAAACUAGAGAGCAGUUUAAGAAGCAGGAGAUCCUGGAGAAGCUGGAAGAGAAUAGACUACCAGCUAUAAACCACAUCACCUCAGAGCUGCUUAAACAGAAAGCUUCCAAACCUUCUGCACUUCUGGUGUCUGCAGUAUUAACUAUUGAGCCAAUACCAAAACAGAAGUUUCUUAAAACAAAGCUGAACCGAGUGCAUGUGGCCAGUUUCUCAGACUAUGAAAUGCUUCUGCAUACAACUUCUGCAAGAUUUGUGGUAGAUAAAUAUGAAAAAUGACUGUUGUGGCUAAAGUUUAGAAUAACUUUGAAACAGCAGUACAGACAGCAGCCUUGUUCACUUAAGUUUGUAUGUUAGUACUAAACUCCUGGAAGGAAAGGCCUCUAUAUUGUAUCAUAUGUGCACAGGAGCCCUUAUUUCAACAUGCGCUAACAAACCUCAUCAAGUGACUGCUUAAGUUUUGGUUCUCUCUUUAAACACUUCCUAAGCAACUUACCAUAAAAGGUGCUGGUGGUGGAGGGGGGCAAUAACUGACUUGGAAAGGUUGUCAGGGCCAUCAGACUUACAGCUGUGGCUAUAUGAAACAGAGCUAAAUAAACAGAAAAAGGAUAAAAGUCUUUGGUGCAAUAGGCUUUUUACCUACAGAGAGGAUGAUGUGGUGCUGGUGAAGGCUACUGCUAUAACAGGUAUAUCUGUAUAGAAAGGGAGAUUUGAUACAAUGAACACUCAUUAAACUUGCUGUUCAGUUAAA